AUGACGCACGUCCUCGGUUUACUGGCGGGGCUGGCUCUUGCCCUAGGUGUGCUUCUAGUCUUGAGACUGAUAUUCGAGGACGAUCAACAAUUUCUUCGUACUUUGGAGAGACCGGAGAAUCUGUCAUUAGCGGAGGAACGGAGAGAUCUAAAAGGAAGAAUGUUUGAGUUAGGUUUACGUUAUGUUACGUGGCGGAAUUACGUAUUGUCACUAGAAAUUUUCGACGAAGAUGACAAAAUACUUCCUGUGACUUUCUGGGAAUUUUUCUGCAUUCACCGAAUGCAGAAACUUACACUGGUGGCAGCGAUAUCAAGGCCCGGGAUGAACGAAAUCUGGUUAGCCGGCGUGAGCGGAAUAGUGUUAGUGACGCUGCUCGCGUUGCAAGUGGCAUUGAAUAUACAUCUGGCGUUUGAAUCGAGGGAGUAUCAAAGCGGAGGGCCAUUGGCUGCAGCCUGGGCCGUCUGUUUCUUCAUUUACAUGGCGUACGCGCUUCUACCAAUAAGGCUGCGUCACGCGUGCAUCGCCGGCAUUGUUUUCUCCCUAGCGCACCUGAUCGGAACGUUCGUCCUCUACCCGUCGCAGUAUCCCGCCACGAUGGAACACGUGAGUGACAUUCUAUAUCCUCUUAUCCUCCGUACAGCCUGCUACUUUAUAUGCGGCCGAUUAACAUUUCCACCGGAACAGGAACUACCAUUGAUUGAAAUGGCGACGUGCUUGGAUCUAGGGAUUUUUUUUUAAAUGAGAUUUAAACUCCGUAGAAUUGCUAUUUUACACGCAACCGGUUAACAUUUCCACCGGAACAGGAACUACCAUUGAUUGAAAUAGCGACGUGGUUGGAUCUAGGGAUUUUUUUUUAAAAUGAGAUUUAAACUCUGUAGAAUUGCUAUUUUACACGCAGCCGAUUAACGUUUCCGCCGGGAUUGUCAUCGAUUGAAAUGGCGACAUGGUUGGAUCUAGGGAAUUUUUUAAAAAAAGUGCAUAUAGGGAAUUUUUUUUUAAACGAGAUUUUUAAUGAUUCCGAUGAUGUUUCAUAAGAGUGGCAACCUUCAGAGGAUCAGUGAGCGCUGGAAAUUUGCAAAUUCAAUUUUUCGAGAAGGAACAGUCCCCAAAUUUUACGUGCGCCGAAUUGUACUGAAAUUGUUCUCUUGGAUCCUCCCAGUUCUUUCAGAAUAUUUCUAGAUACAAUUAGAUCUGCGUCAGGAAGAAGAAACAGCAGAAGAAUUGCCCUGA